AUCUCUUUCAAAAUCACUGUUUACAGCAAAAAAAAACCUUCCAAUAAUUUCAAGAUUUUCUCUGUCCGCAGAAAGCCAGAAUACCCAAUUCCAAAUGGAAGACAUUCAAUUCGACGCAUCUGUUCAAAACUCGGAAGUUUUUCACUGGGAAAAGCCCAUGGAUCCAGAAAAUGGAGUUUCCGCCAUGGACGAAACCGAAGAAUCCUUGGUUGAUUCCAUGGUUUGUGACUCGGGUUCAAGACUUGUCCCAAGUGGAUUUACAAGAUCAAGUUGUGCAGAAGGAGUUCUGAUGUUUUUAAAUGCUGGAGGUGGGGAGGUUUCAGUGGAAGCAGAUUCAAGUGUUAGCUUCUUGGCUGAUAGCUUUUUUGAUGGGGGAGAUACAUUUCAGACUGAGGAGUGUAUAAGUGACGGUGGUGACUAUCCAUUCAUUUAUCAGUCUGCACGUCUAGGAAACUUCUCUUAUCGAUUUCAGAAUCUUUUGCCUGGAGAUUAUUUCAUUGAUCUUCAUUUUGUGGAGAUCAUAAACACAAAUGGACCUAAAGGAAUGAGGGCAUUUAAUGUAUUCAUACAGGAUGAGAAGGUUCUAUCUGAUUUUGAUAUCUUUUCCAUUGUUGGAGCCAAUAAGCCAUUACAACUACUUUACUCGAGAAUCUCUGUGAAGGAUGAUGGGAUGGCUGUAAUUAGGUUUGAAGGAGUAAAUGGAAGCCCACUGGUUAGUGGAAUUUGCAUAAGGAAAGCGCCUAAACUGUCAGCUCCUCAAGUGAAACAUGAAUAUGUUACAUGCAAAAAUUGUGCCUCUGAGAUCGAAGUCCCUUCAGCUCAGAACAAAGUCAUACGAAUGAAAUCGACAGCCAAGUACGAGAAGAAGAUACAAGAGCUAACCAUGCAGUGCCAGCUCAAGACAGAUGAAUGUUAUCAGGCUUGGAUGUCUUGGACUACAGCAAAUGAGCAGCUAGAGAAGCUUAGGAUGGAACUGGACAAUAAGUCAUUUCACACCUACUCUCUCGAUCAAACUGUGGAGAAACAAGCUGAAAAGCUAAGGGGUAUCUCUAGCAGGUAUGAGCGAGACAAGAAAUUCUGGGUUGUGGUAGUCAAUGACAUGGAGCAUAAAGUAAAGAUGAUGAAACAAGAGUACUCUCAGCUCUCUCAAGAAGCACACGAGUGUGCUAAUUCAAUCCCUGAGUUGAACAAAAUGAUUUUUGCAGUUCAGGCAUUGGUUGCACAGUGUGAGGAUCUCAAAGUGAAAUACAGCCAAGAGCAAGCAAAGAGAAGGAAACUCUAUAACCAAGUUCAGGAGACAAAAGGGAACAUCAGGGUAUUUUGUCGAUGCCGUCCAUUAAGCAAGGCAGAAGUCUCAGCGGGUUAUUCCACUGUGGUUGAAUUUGACACAGCCAAGGACGGGGAACUUGGAAUUCUGAGUGGUGGAUCCACAAAAAAAACUUUCAGAUUUGAUCAAGUAUACACACCAAAAAAUGAUCAAGUUGAUGUGUUUAAGGAUGCCUCUCCAAUGGUGGUAUCAGUUUUAGACGGCUAUAAUGUCUGCAUAUUUGCUUAUGGGCAAACAGGAACAGGAAAGACAUUUACGAUGGAGGGUACUGAGGAGAACCGGGGUGUUAAUUAUAGGACUCUUGAGGAACUGUUCAAAAUUGCAAAGGAAAGGAGUGAAACAUUUAUAUAUAACAUAUCAGUUAGUGUACUUGAAGUCUAUAAUGAGCAGAUAAGGGACUUGCUGGCCACAUCGACAACAUCAAAGAAGUUGGAGAUAAAGCAAGCUUCUGAAGGAUUUCAUCAUAUUCCUGGAAUAGUGGAAGCACAAGUUCAUAACAUAAAGGAAGUAUGGAAUGUGCUACAGGCUGGAAGCAGUGCCAGGGCUGUUGGAUCCAAUAAUGUGAAUGAGCAUAGCAGUCGUUCUCACUGUAUGCUCUGUAUAAUGGUAAGAGCCAAGAACUUGAUGAAUGGUGAGUCCACCAAGAGCAAGCUUUGGCUUGUGGAUUUGGCAGGCAGUGAGAGGAUUGCCAAGACAGAUGUGCAAGGAGAUCGGCUCAAGGAAGCUCAGAACAUCAAUAGAUCACUUUCAGCCCUUGGAGAUGUAAUAUCUGCUUUGGCAAGUAAAAGCAGUCACAUUCCUUACAGGAACUCAAAGCUCACACAUUUACUCCAGGAUUCAUUAGGGGGUGACUCCAAAACAUUGAUGUUUGUGCAAAUUAGUCCUUCAGAGCAGGACUUGAGUGAGACUCUGAGUUCAUUAAAUUUUGCAACCCGGGUUCGAGGGGUCGAGUUGGGUCCUGUAAAAAGGCAAAUAGAUGCAAGUGAGCUUCAAAAGAUGAAAAUGAUGCUUGAUAAAGCAAGGCAAGAAUCUAGAUCCAAAGAUGAAUCCUUAAGGAAGCUAGAGGAGAGCUUACAAAACUUUGAAAGCAAGGCCCGAGGCAAAGAUAUGAAUUGCAGAAACCAACAGGAAAAGAUCAAAGAACUGGAAGGUCAGCUUGAGUUGAAGACAGUGCUACACAGUCAGUCAGAGAAACAAGUUUCACAUCUUUCAGAGAGAUUGAUUGGGAAGGAAGAAAUUUGUGCUGGUCUUCAACAGAAGGUCAAGGACCUUGAAACCAAGCUGAAAGAGCAAGCUCGAGAAUCCGAGUUUCGUUCUGUCAUCAUCCAACAAAAGGUUGAGGAGCUUGAGAGAAAACUGAAAGAACAAGAACAGAACUCAGAAUCCAUUGUACUUCGUCAAAAGGCAGAAGUCUCAGCGGGUUAUUCCACUGUGGUUGAAUUUGACACAGCCAAGGACGGGGAACUUGGAAUUCUGAGUGGUGGAUCCACAAAAAAAACUUUCAGAUUUGAUCAAGUCCUUUUUCUGUUAACAGUUGAUGUGUUUAAGGAUGCCUCUCCAAUGGUGGUAUCAGUUUUAGACGGCUAUAAUGUCUGCAUAUUUGCUUAUGGGCAAACAGGAACAGGAAAGACAUUUACGAUGGAGGGUACUGAGGAGAACCGGGGUGUUAAUUAUAGGACUCUUGAGGAACUGUUCAAAAUUGCAAAGGAAAGGAGUGAAACAUUUAUAUAUAACAUAUCAGUUAGUGUACUUGAAGUCUAUAAUGAGCAGAUAAGGGACUUGCUGGCCACAUCGACAACAUCAAAGAAGUUGGAGAUAAAGCAAGCUUCUGAAGGAUUUCAUCAUAUUCCUGGAAUAGUGGAAGCACAAGUUCAUAACAUAAAGGAAGUAUGGAAUGUGCUACAGGCUGGAAGCAGUGCCAGGGCUGUUGGAUCCAAUAAUGUGAAUGAGCAUAGCAGUCGUUCUCACUGUAUGCUCUGUAUAAUGGUAAGAGCCAAGAACUUGAUGAAUGGUGAGUCCACCAAGAGCAAGCUUUGGCUUGUGGAUUUGGCAGGCAGUGAGAGGAUUGCCAAGACAGAUGUGCAAGGGGAUCGGCUCAAGGAAGCUCAGAACAUCAAUAGAUCACUUUCAGCCCUUGGAGAUGUAAUAUCUGCUUUGGCAAGUAAAAGCAGUCACAUUCCUUACAGGAACUCAAAGCUCACACAUUUACUCCAGGAUUCAUUAGGGGGUGACUCCAAAACAUUGAUGUUUGUGCAAAUUAGUCCUUCAGAGCAGGACUUGAGUGAGACUCUGAGUUCAUUAAAUUUUGCAACCCGGGUUCGAGGGGUCGAGUUGGGUCCUGUAAAAAGGCAAAUAGAUGCAAGUGAGCUUCAAAAGAUGAAAAUGAUGCUUGAUAAAGCAAGGCAAGAAUCUAGAUCCAAAGAUGAAUCCUUAAGGAAGCUAGAGGAGAGCUUACAAAACUUUGAAAGCAAGGCCCGAGGCAAAGAUAUGAAUUGCAGAAACCAACAGGAAAAGAUCAAAGAACUGGAAGGUCAGCUUGAGUUGAAGACAGUGCUACACAGUCAGUCAGAGAAACAAGUUUCACAUCUUUCAGAGAGAUUGAUUGGGAAGGAAGAAAUUUGUGCUGGUCUUCAACAGAAGGUCAAGGACCUUGAAACCAAGCUGAAAGAGCAAGUUCAAGAAUCCGAGUUUCGUUCUGUCAUCAUCCAACAAAAGGUUGAGGAGCUUGAGAGGAAACUGAAAGAACAAGAACAGAACUCAGAAUCCAUUGUACUUCGUCAAAAGAUUAAUGAGCUUGAAGACAAGUUCAGGGUGCAAGAACAACAGUUGGCAUGUACCCUAGUUUCAGAUUCUGCUAAUUCAUUAAGAUCCACUCCAACUGAAGAUAAACGCUGUGUUAGAGACGAGACUAUGAAUGAGGCUGACCGCUAUAUUCUGAGGAGUUCAAACUCAACUAACCGCCAAAUGAGUCGGGGGUCUAAUUUGCUAAAGGGAAAUGACUUCCGUCAUGACAUAAGAAGGAAAAGAUUAUCCAGAAAUAGUGAAACAGAGAACAUCAUUUUAUCAUCUUCUCUCAAUGAAAAGAAGGCCAGGCAAUCUGACCCACCGAAACCAUUUCCCAGGGUCACAAAAACAGCAAACCCGGCAACAAAUGCUCCACGACGCUUGACUCAUAUCCGAACAAACGGAGAUCCCAUUCAAGGAGUUAAAGAGAUGGAUAGCAAGAAAAGGAUCUGGUCAAGAUAG